AUCGGACCCAUUUUAAAAUGGAGAAUUCUCCUGUGUCAGAGCUGAGCUUUAUGCCAACGUUUUCUUCAAACCAAGAAUCUGAGGGCGACAAGACAAGCUUUGAAACCGCUGCAUCGUCAGUGAAUUGUUUUGCCGAGGUUGUUGUGACGCAAAAUUACCCAGAUAUGUCAAGGUACGUGUCCUCAGUUUACAGAGAAUAAUCAUAAUUGGUUGUGAAUCUAAACAAGACAAAAGAUUCACGGCAAAGAAACCCCUUUCUACUGAUUUCUUUAGUUAUUUACAAAUAAUUUUUCUAAGAGACUGAUUCUCUAGUAGAGCUCUAAAUAUCUAAACGUAAUGAAGCCAGUGUAGUUUUUAUUAGUAAUGAUAGAUACCAUGCUUGCUAUCACUUCAGACGUGAACAAUGUAUGGUUAAGUCAAUAAAUAUCUGUUUUCUUCUGAGGUCGUUCAUAAUCAUUGCUAUCUCGCAUCCCAAGUGUGCAUACUAGUCUUUUGGUACACGUGAACCAUCAUACAUGUAGCACACACUGGGUGAAAAACUUAACAAAAUGUACUGUACUGAGCUGCUGAUAGUGGCUGCUUUAACUUGCUCGUGUGAGAGAACUCAUUUGGAUACAUAGUAACCCUUACAUGUGUUCUAUAGGUCACUUCCAAACCUAACCACUUGCACUGUUAAAAAACAAACAAACCAACAAAAUCAUAAACAGGAUCUUAAUUCUUUAUGUGGUAAAGGGUUACAUUAAAACUGAAGAAAAAUUUAAGGAUUUGCUCUCCUUUUUAAUGCAAACCAUUUGCCAUACAUGAAAAGCACUAUGCACCUUUUUUCUCAAAAGAACAUUAUUGGUUAUAAGCACAAGUGAAAGUGCAAAGGCUAAACUGUUUUUUUUUUUUUUUUUUGGAAGAUAUCUUCCAAAAUUGGCAUUCUUAACCCCAUGGCAUCGACGGAUGUUCUUCAUUCAACUAAUUUAAUCUUUUUUUCCUCAUGACCAUAAACCACCGACUCCAUUUUCUGUAUAUAAACCCACACACAACCCACAAUCCCCCCAAUUGCUCUGAUGAAGAGCUAACACAUGAAACACCAGCCUUUAAACUCUAAAUGAAGGUCACUUUAUGUUUUCAACUCAGUUGAUAGCACUAUAUUACCCUGUUAUACUCUUCCACUGAUGCAUCACCAAAAUUUCUCUAGAAACUUACUUUAAGUUAUUUAAUAUUUGAUUAUAAACUAUAUAUCAUGUUGACCUCUUAGGAAAAAAACUUACUUGAGCAUGGUUUUUACACUGUAUACAUCUGAUUUGUGUUUUAAACAAUUAUAACAUAAUUAUUAAGUACCAAGUUACGUACAUGUUGUGGUUUAUUGAAUAGAAAAACACAAAGGUGGCCUUUGUUAGUUGCUUGUGGUAUAAAUUAAUUUAGUGCCCUUUAUUUUGUUUACUCAAGGGGUGUUACAAUAUCAGGCAACGGAGUGGCAACAUUUGCUGUAAGUUCAAGUGGAGCUCUCACUUGUCCAGGUAAGUGUAGAACUUGCCUUGCACAAUUUUUUCUUUGAUUUUUAAAUACUGUAGCAGUUGUGUCUUUCUAGAAUGAAGUACAUGUACAUGUACAUUUAUCCAUACCAGAGUGGUGACUAGUUAACAAGGUUCACGGCAAGGACAUAAUUUUUACAACUGCAUUGACUGUUUAUAGUGUCUACUUUUACUUGAAAAACAGACACAAACAUGCAUCUUUAUUGAUAUACAUUACUGAGAAGGUGUCUCAGAAGAAGAAACAAACAGCAACACCACAAUGAACUUAACAAUAAAACUAAUUCUGCACUUCAAUGUUGAAAAUCAUCUUUCAAGAGAGUGUGAGACAGGCAAAUGUUGAAUAGAUGAAAAUAUUUUUAAAAGCUAUUAAUAAUAAUUAAUAUAUUUUAGUCAUUUCAGCAUUCUAAAAGUUUGUUCUUUAAUUUGUUAUUUGAAAAAGUUCUUGGUAUUAACUGUAUGGACAUCAAAUCAAUUACACUUUGAAUUUUCCAUUGAAUAUAAAUUAUUAUAGUUUUUGUUUUGAUUGGCUACUGUUAACUGCAGUAACUGUAAUUUCCUUUGUAAGGCUUGGUGGUUUAAAUAGAGAAUAGUUCAUGUUUGUGUAAUUACAAACAGGAAUUUUUAUCACAUACUGUAAUCACCAACAAUGACCACCUGAUCACUGUAGCGUUUGUAAUAGACUUUUCACAGUUUGCUCCCUUGGGCUGUGAUCUAGUGCCUAUUCUCUUUGUUAGGAACAUUUGGUGCAUAUUAUAGAGGUUUAUUUAAAAGAAAAUGUUGUGCCCAAAUUUAGAUGGGAUAUAGUAGGAAACUCUGAGGUGUUCAUAUUAGAGAGAUGUCUACAAAGGGGGUUUUCUUUAAAACUUAAAACAUCAGUUGACAGAAGUAAAACUACAAAUUUACAACCUUGGGAUAUCUUGCUACAAUGUAAACACCAGACUUCAACUGAUCUAGUAUUAAAUUUGCACAUGAACACUGUACUUGUACAUACCGCUAUUUUCAAGAUACCAUGAAUGGCAAAUAUAACAAUAUAACGAUCAAUAUUACAAUCAAGUUUGUGUAGAAAAACUGGUUUGUUUUACUAAUGAACCAAUUUUACACUCUGGUAAGCUGGUUUGCCUCAUUGCUCUUAGAACUCUGAUGAUUGAAAGUUGAUGAACAUGAAAGGAUUUACCAGAAAUGUGAAGUUGCCUUUUGCUGAUGAUAUGCAGUUUGAAAUAUUAAAAAGUUGGUACAACACUUUCAAUACAUGUGCUCUUCUUGUUUAAAAGCACAGGGAGUUCUGUCAAAAACUUGAAAUGUUCAUGCUUGAAAAGAGGUGCAGUUUAGGCAAACCUGGCUGUUAUGUGGGCAAAAAAAUGUAAGCCAUUCAUUGUUCCUUGAAAGGGUACAGUGCACCACAGUAAUGAUUCUUCUUGUUCAAGGUGGUGUGCUUAACAAUCAAGUAGCAGUUGUGACAGUUCCUGAAAGCCAGUUGUUUGCUGUCCAGCAGCCUGAGCAAGGUGAUUCAAUUCAACAAAACACUGACUUAAACAAUGAAGAUGAUGUUACAUCUGUCACUCCCAGUUCAUCAAAUGUCACAGAUCCUAAUGAAUUAACCAUAAAUGUGCUACCACCUUCCACUUCUCUCCCAGAGGGUAGUGUAUUAGCAGAGGAAGCAUCAAAUACUGCACCCACAGGGGUUAAGGUGAGAGAAGCUUUGUCUUGCAUAAUCAUAAAUAGAAUUAACUUGAUUAGCUUUUCAAAUGCAUAAUUCACUUCCUGACUAACACUAUCCUUGGAGAGUGUUAAUUGGCAAUAUGCAGUAUACAUUGCUUUAAAAUACAACUAGUUUUUUAUUGGAUAUUUUUCCAAGUUACCGAUAUUCUGUUUGUGAUUGCAUCAAAUAUAUAUUCCAUGCAUGUUUAUUAGAACUAAUCAAAGUAUAUAUUUUCCUGAAGCAUCUCAGUGAGGUGGAAUCUUAAAUCCUAGAAUCUGAUGGGCUAUUAUCCUGCACUCGUAACCAUUCUAGCUUUCUAUUUUAAGGACAAGACUAAAAUUUUCUUCCAUUCCAUUUGCAUCAAAGGAGUAAAAAGCAAACCAGCAGAAAAAAAUUAAAUUAAUGUUGUUACCAGUCCUUGUUUGUUAGUAUGAAAAAAAACUGUGCCCGUGGUCUUAAGUGCCUCAGGCCAUACUCAAGACCUUGUGCACAGUUUUUUUAGCAAACAGACCUGCCCAUUAUAUUUCUUGAGUUGUAUGUUAACUGUUCUUUUCUGUUCUUUUUUCCAACCAAGAAAAGAAAAGGUGGUUGGCCUAAAGGUAAAAAAAGGAAGAAGGGAUUUGGUGAUUUAAAUAAGCCAAAAGCCCCAAUUACUGGGUAUGUAUUCUUUAAGGUUAUAAUUGAGUUUCUGUUUGUUAAGAUGUAAAGAUCAACCAACAAAUUACAAAGUUAUGUGUAUGUAGCUUUGAGAUGCUAGCCAUGCAUGUUUAAAUACACCACUUAUACCUUUUAAAUCUGAGAAGUUAUCAGCAUGUAGCUUCAUCACACAAUUUCAGUAGAUUAAUUGUAAUGUAAAUGAAUGUGCAUUGUAUUUUAAUCUAACUAACAGAUGCAGAAAAGAGACAAACUUGUCAGUUUAGGUCUUAAUUAUCUUUACCUAGUUCCCUUUAUUACUUUGACAGGAAAAGCAUAGCCAUUGCAAGGAAGAUUUCAUCAUAAAAUCUUGGGAUUAAAAAGUCUUUUUUAAUUUAGUCAUACUCCUACUUAGUGGUAAUCUGGUCUUAUUUUUCAGAUAAAACAUUAAAAUAAAUUACAAAAAGGAAUCCAGUUACCCCUAUUAUCAUUACUUAUUUUUGCAAAGAGCCGCGUUUAAAGUAUGUUGCCAAAUCACUUACCUUUAAAUUUGUACAGCCUGGCACUGCAAUUACAAUCAUAUUAAAAAUGUUGCCCACCAAUUGAGUAUUUUAAAGUUUUAUUUCUGUUCAGCUCUUUUCUUUUCUACUGAGAAUUUUGUUCUUUUCAAAAUAAUUAGCUUUGGUUAUUGAUGUGUAGGUAUGUGAGGUUUAUCAACAGUCGACGGGCUGAGGUGAAACAACAACAUCCUCAUCUACAGUUUUCAGAAAUAACAAAGAUACUUGGUUUGGAGUGGAGCAAUCUUCUGCAAGAGGAGAAACAGGUAUGUAUUUGGUAGAUAAAAAAAUCAAAGAAAAACAUGUUAUCACAACCAUUAUGGCAACUGUAUGUGAAACAAAAGCCAUAAAACCAACACAAGGAUAUAAGCUGCCAGUACCUGUCCUAUGUGUUUUGUGCAGUAUUUUCCAACUAUCAUCAUAUAUUGAACAGUACAAUAUGUGACCCUCCAUAUGAUUUCAGGGGUAAAGGUGACCACAAGCUUGCAACAUGCCAACACAAGGCACUUAGAGUGUUCAAUAUACACGUACAAUAUUUUUAAACAACGAAGGACACACUAUGUUUGUUUUGGCCAAGUUAGCACGUUUGGUAUUUGUUUUGGUUAAGCAUGAUCCAUGUCAUGCUUAGCAUGCCAGUUGACACAGGAUAACACACCAAAGUAAAUGAAAUGAAGCUUAAUACCUUUUUUGUUCAUUAAAAUGUUUUUCAAUUGUACUCAAUUGUGAUGGGUAAGCUUAAAUAUUGGUACACAAAUGAGUGCGUCAAAUGAAUUUCAUCGCUGUAUAGUUCUCAAACAUCCACGUUAUGGGUACAACAUCAACACCAUUCCUUCACACAAUGCAAGCGGUCACUUCAAAGUUAUUACAAAGGGAUAUCUUCUUCGUGUACCUAUAGUAACACAAUCAAAGUGAAGCGCUCUACUGCUAAGUCUAGAUCUAUCAUAUGGUGUUUUCAUUCAGAAUUUUUAUGGUAUGUGUGCUAGUUCCAAAGAUCAUGAUGGUUUUUGUCAUUUGUUUAUGGUGUUGAUUGAAUUUAAUUUAAAGCACAUGACUGAGCAUGUGACUAAGUGCAUUACUAUCAUUUGCUUGAGUUUCCUAGUGUUCUCAGAGAGACAUUGAAAAAUGACAUAAUUUCUCACUUUUGGUUUUUUUUACCAUCCCAUUAAAAUUGCACAGGCCAUCUGAUGGAAUAUGCUUUUACAUGAACGUUUAGGCCAUUUAUGGCUACAUGUUAUGGUGAUUUUUUGAUCAGGAAGUUGAUAAUUAUAAAACACUGAUACAAGCUUUGGUUUAAUUGACCUGGCUAGUAGUUUUACUGCAAUAAUGAAAGUACAUUGACUGUGUAAUGAUCACUCUAGCUUUAUGAUCAGUUAACAUGUUGGCUGCAUACUAUGGUACAUGCUAAUGUGCUCUGUCCGCUCACACGCUACCUUUUGUAUUUGAAGGUUAACAUGCUUUGCUUGUUCGCUCACUCAUGCUUCAUAGUUCAACAGAGCAUUCUUUAUUGUUUGUAGUGUGUUAUAUGAAACAAAAGGAUGACGUUCAUUUAAGGGUGCUCUAGCAUGCUCAACAAGCAUGUAAUAGCCACCUUUUGUUCAUUAAAAUGUUUUUCAAUUGUACUCAAUUGUGAUUGGUAAGCUUAAAUAUUGGUACACAAAUGAGUGUGUCAAAUGAAUUUCAUCACUGUAUAGUUCCCAAACAUCCACGUUAUAGGUACAACAUCAACACCAUUCCUUCACACAAUGCAAGUAGUUGCUUCAAAGUUAUUACAAAGGGAUAUCUUCUCUAUGUACCUAUAGUAACACGAUCAAAGUGAAGCAUUCUACUGCUAAGUUUAGAUCUAUCAUAUGGUGUUUUCAUUCAAAAUUUUUAUGGUAUGUGUGCUAAUUCUGAAGAUUAUGAUGGUUUUUGUCAUUUGUUUAUGGUGUUGAUUGAAUUUAAUUUAGAGCACACGACUGAACAUGUGACUAAGUGCAUUACUAUCAUCUGCCUGAGUUUCCUAGUGUUCUCAGAAACAGAGGGUCAUUGAAUUGCUCAGGCCAUCUGAUGGAAUAAUUAUGCUUUUACAUGAACGUUUAGGCCAUUUAUGGCUAUAUGUUAUGGCAAUUUUUUGAUCAGGAAGUUGAUAAUUUUAAAACACUGAUACAAGCUUUAGUUUAAUUGACCUGGCUAGUAGUUUUACUGCAAGAAUGAGAGUACAUUGACUGUGUAAUGAUCACUCUAGCUUUACGAUCAGUUAACAUGUUGGCUGCAUACUAUGGUACAUGCUAAUGUGCUGUGUCCGCUCACACGCUAUCUUUUGUAUUUGAAGGUUAACAUGCUUUGCUUGUUCGCUCACUCGCGCUUCAUAGUUCAACAGAGCAUUCUUUAUUGUUUGUAGUGUGUUAUAUGAAACAAAAGCAUGCACUCAUUUAAGGGUGCUCUAGCAUGCUCAACAAGCAUGUAAUAGCCAGCUUUUGUUUUCAAGUGGAAGCGUGUUGUGAGUGUGCUAUCACCUUUGUCCCUAAAAUCAUAUGGAGGGUCACAUGUUUUAUUUUGCAUGUUUAUGACUAAAUCCCCUAUUAUCAGUGCAUCUGAUUACAAAACUUUUCUCUUCUUUCUAUCCUUCUCUAUGGACAGAGCACUGUAGUGAUUCAACCCCUUCAUGUCUGACCCAAUAAUGUACUUGUUAAUGUAGAUGUACAAUCAUGUACGUGUACAUUUGUAUUCUCAAGUAAAGCACAAGUUUCCUUGAGCUUGACAGCAAACUUUCACUGCUCAGCACAUAUAUGUGUCAAGAAAAAUGGUCACAAAAAUACUUCACAUACAAACCUCAUUAAUCAAUGAUCUGUCAGAAAUAUAUAUGUCAUGGAUACAAAAUUCUUCUCAAAAAGUAAGUUGCACUAGGCAUAAACAAACAUUUCAAACCAUGAGCUGCCUAGUUAGAUUUGUUCACUUCUGAAACUUAGGGCUCAUCUGUUUCUUUUCAUAUUUGGUAACAUUAUGUUUUAAGCUUUUGUUUCAUUUAUUUGGAAUGUUCAGAAAUACUUGGAUGAAGCUGAGGAAGAUAAAAAACGUUACAUUGAAGAGCUUAAAAUUUAUCAACAAUCUGAACAGUACCAGGCAUUCAUAAAAAGACAAAGUGCCAAGAAACUCAAGUCCAUUGUUGGUAAGCCAUGUUCUUAAUUUAUUUGUUAACUGCCAGAUCUGUCUCAGACAGUGUUUAUGAUAAUGUACAUGUUAAUGUUUGUAAACCUGUGGACACUUUGAGGAUUUUGUUUACUUUGCAUACAUUUACCAUUGAAAACUUUAAUGUGAAGUCAGUGUGGUAGUUUUCAAUUUUUCUUUUUAAAAAAUAACAUUUAUAAAAUUGUGGGUUCUGAUGUUUGGGACUGCAUUCAAGGGGUACAAACUUCAGUUUCAAAGGUUCAUGUGUGAUCAUUAAGGAAGAAUAUUGUAAAUCUGACUUAGACAGAGACUGCUGCUUAAUUAUGGCAAUCUGGCUUGUGCAAGUUAAUAUAUCAUAAUUAUGUACAGUACUACUCACAAGCUAUGCUCUGGAUUUUCAAAUGUUAAUAAUGUUUUUUUUGUACACAUAUUUCAGGAGUAGAUACCCCUGAAGAAGUGCCGUCUAGCUUGUUGUUAAGUGACCAAGUGGUAAGUGACCUUUACAACAUUUUGGUGCAUGUUUAAUUGUGGAAUCCCAGAGGGCUUUAAUGGUAGAAACUUGACUUUCUCCCUUAUGGUCAGGUUUUGGUUACAGUUUCAGUUUCCACAGCCCUCUAUAUGAUAGCUUUUUAUAGCUUUUUUUAAUCUUUAAAGUGUGUUAAGGAAUCACAAGUAACAGUUUGGGAGUACAGGAGCAAAAAGGGGUGGGAAAUUUGACCUUCAUUUGCUCUUCACUCCACUCCUACAUGCUUACUUCAGUCACAGUUUCACUUUGGGAAAAUUUUGCAAAGCUGCAGUUAAGGUGAUAAUCCAACUCCUUGCCAAAUUUCCUUGUCUUUUGAUUUGUUGUGAUGGCUUACAUUGUUUUGGUUUUAUGAUUCUCCAUAGCCCAAAUUUAUGUUUUUAUAAUUCAGCAUAAAAGAGUAGGUCUUUGCAUAAGAAGUAGGGAGUUUGUGGAGUUAUUCCCUAGAGCCCAGUAAUGAUGUCUUUUGUAUUUGGCCGAAUUUGAAACAUCAAAAUUGGGCUGGUGAAAAGCACUCUUCACAGUAACCACUUUUGAGGACACAGUCACUUUUUCACAAAAUAAAGUUGUUUCUGAAUGUUCUGUGUCUUUUACCUCUUUAGGAAGAUGAUUCCAAUGAAUUGUACUGCAAAGUUUGCAACCAGUUCUUCAGCUCCUUACAUAACAAGAAGGAACACUUAUUUGGAAAACAGCAUCUUUUGAUGCUUACAGGCGAAUUUGAACGUGAAGCUGAACAAAAUGCCAACGGCACAGAGAAAGUUCCAAAUGACUCUCCUGACCUGACUCCUUGUAACACUGUCUCAGAUACCAUAGGAACAUCACUGAUAUCAGAUGAAUCAAUGGUGUCUAUCUCACAGUUUACAGAAAAGUUCUUGGAACAAAACUUAAGUAAGUACAUGUAUAUGAACUCAGGAGGACAAACAUCUUUGUAGGCCGGGUAUGAGGGGAGGUUCAUUCGAGUAUUCUUCAGUUUAUGUUGUGGCAUAUUCAGUCACGUUGAAUGUAGUAGACCAAUCACGUGUAUGAAAUAAUAAAAGUACCUUACAUAAAAUAAUGAUAACUGUGACUGCAAUAGUAAAUGUGGCAUUUUGGAAGAGGGGAAGUGACUAAAUAGAGAGGAAGUCUUUGAAGAGAAAGGGGCUUGUUGGGGAGAUUAAAAUAGAUAGUUUACCUUCCGUUUCUGAUUUUCUCUGUUUCCUCCCAUUGCUCCUGUUCAUUGAAAUUUGUGCAUCUCCCUCACUGCACGUUUUAUUUAUUUAUUCAAUUUUUUUCCACUCGUUCAGUGGUUCAUUUUUUGUCGCUGACUCGCUCAUUUGUUAAUGAGCAUCACGAAUAUAUAUUGCCCCACCCUACAUGUAGACGCUUUUCAUUUUUUUUUUCUUUUAUUUCUUUUUCCUUCUGCUUUGCUUAUUUUAUUGUUUCAUUCGCUCUUUUUUACAUUUUUCAUUGUUAUUUCAUUUGCAUUUCCUUCCCUGUCUUUUUGCCUUGUUUUGUCUCUCCACUUUUGUAUUUUCAUCUUUAUUUCGCCCGUAAUUUUCCUUCUGCUUCGAGUCUGUUCAAGUAAUUGAAAGUGAUUCGUUGCAGACAGAGAACUGGAACUGAGAGAGCUUAGAAAAGUGGUCCUCAUGUCACAGGAGGAGAACAUGACACUCAACAAAGACAUGGAGGAGCUUAAGGUAAUUAUUAGCAGUCUUUAACUUAAACCAGUGCGAAAAAUAUAUUUCUACAAAUUUAUAUUAAGUCUGUCAACAAUUGACAUAUAAUAAUCUCAAUUAUAUUUCUUGUAUUUUAGAAUUUAUUGCAAAAAGUAGAAGAUGAUCUUGGGUCGGUGAAAGCUUACGGAGCGUCACUUACAGCUCAACUUAAUAGCUUAAGGAUGGUGCCAACUCUGUUUGGGGUGAUUAACUUUUAGAUCGGACCUUGAAAUAAUACUCCACAACUCUACCAUCAAGGACCGUCCAACUUUGCCCUAAAUGGUUCUGAAAGUUGAUUUGUAACUGACAAUCACAAUGAAUAACGCAAUAGUAUGCAGCUGUCUGAGUAAGACUUCAAAUGUUGCAAAGCAACGUGGAAACGAGUACGUGAGCGUUCUGGGUGUGUACGAUUACCUGUGAUCAACCAAGAUACGAACAUGUCUGCGUUUACUUGUUGCAGGCAUUCUGAAACUCCAGGAACCUGAAUUUUUUUCUGUAUAUUGUUAUACUUCUGUUUCAUCGUGCAUGUUUUGCCUUGCAGCCCGAACCAACUGUAAAUAUAUAUAUAUAUAUACAUACACACACACACAUAUAUAUAUAUAUAUAUAUAUAUAUAUAUAUAGAAUAGCUUAAGUACAUAUCCUAAAGAAAGAUACAUAGUGCUCGUGAAAAAAUGGAGAAAGGAAGUGUCCAUCAUUACAGAGUUACUUUAGACGUCACUUUUAAGAAAAGUGCAAGCCUUAAAUAGUCAAACUAUCACGUUUUAUUGAGGAACAUAUAACAUAAAACUGAAAAACGUUCCGGUGGCAUUGUACAAUAAUAUAGUGUCGCGAAAACAAAUAUCCAAUCAUCAUUUUUGUUACAUCUGAGACUAUAUAAAGCAUAUUCGUUGGAGUGAAUCGUGCAACCUCGAUUAACCAAUAUAAAAGAAGGGACUAUUUUCUGAAGUUUCUUGUUGGCUCCCGGCUUCCCGUCUGCAAUGCCUUUAAGGGCCUUCCAAGCAGUCUCGAAAUUUCGAUGAAAUACGAAGAGUGGGGAGGGAGUGAAAAUCUUUCUUCUGGUAGUAACUGGGUUAAAAAUAACCUCUGGAAGCUAAAAUAUUUGUACGGCAUUCCCACCUUUGACACUCUAGUGUAAACUGUAUCCAACAUUUGGAUACACAUGCAAGGCCCGUGUGUGGGAUCGCCUUAAGGGAAAAAACCUUUCGAUCAAUUCUUUGCAUCCUUGCCACUCUCUGGUAUAACUUCGCAUUAACAACUCAGACAUUGAACACAAGUACUUCCAUCGAAGUGAUUCGAUAGAAUAACGUUCUUUAUGGUCUGUGUAGUUCUGAAAGAUGCUGUAUCUUACUCAGUAGCAGAGGCGGGGCAGAAGAAAAUUCCUUAUUUAGAGAUGCUGCGAGAUAUUGAUGUUUUCAUGGAAGAGCCUCUGUAGAAUGUUAGCAGACAGCGUUAUCAUGAACAUGGUCAAUAACUGUUCAUAUAUUGUGCGAAGUUUCAGAAAAAGGGCGAUGACCUUGUUUAGGCGCUAGUUUUUGAAAUGCUGAAUCAUGCUUUUUGCCUCCCAGAAGGAACACUCGAGCCUUUGUCAUUCACGUUAAUGUGCUCAGUUUGUAGUUACCAGUGGGAGAGUAAUCCUUCAGAUGUCAAUUGAGAGAAAUUACCUGCAUUGUUCCUUAAUUCGUUGAGAGCUGCGAUUUAAAGCUUUGAUUUCCUGAAAUCAGCGAAGUGGAGGUCAUUAUCUACCCAUGGGUCUUAAAAUAUUGCUACACAAAACUAACACCCAAUAUUUGUAAGAUUUACUUGGUUAUAGGCAUCUUCAGAGAAUAUGAUGAGAAUUUUAAGCGUGCAAAAACGGUAAACAUUGUUAUUAAAUUGAGCACUAGAAAUGAAAUCUGGCCCACUUGAAAUGCGUGUGAGUGGCCACUGUUGGUUAUUAUAUUGCACUUAAAGUAUAUUUGAAGGCACCAAAACUGUUUACUUUUAUGAAACGAAAACUAACUUUCUCUAAACUUUGUUAUUCAUUUUCUGAUGACCUUACAUUUCCCCAUUGAACAGACUCUUUUUCGUCUAGUUACCAAGUUUCCUUUUUUUGGCUUUCGUGCAAUGUUGAUGUCAUAAUGAUGUCCUUACUCGCCACAAUCUAUUUCAAGAUAUUGAAACUGCAAAGAAAUUAAAUCUUAACCUUUUUGCCCAUCCUAACUAAUACCACUUCAGUCGGAUUUUAUUCGUUAAGCUUUGACACCAUACUGGAGUUGUUACUCAACUUAUUUUUACUCUGUUACUUGAGGUGAAGAACACAGUAUAGAGUGUCUUCGAAAAGAAACUGUAACGUUGAUUUUCAAGUUCAUCCACAAUUUCCAUACUUUUCGUCGAAGGUGACGAUUUAAGCUUACUACAACGGUUUGUUCUCAGUGUAUAUUCAGAAUAAAUCUGGUACUCUAAUGGCGCAUUUUCCUCAAGAAAGGGGCAAACUUGUUUUGACGUAUUGAUUCUUUGGCACUCACUGAUCCUUAACUGAUUAUGUAGACAAUGCAUCGAAAGCAUCCAGAACAGGAUAAACAUGCUCAACGUCUUGCAAGUUUUACAUUGUCAUGUCAGCACUUGCUCGCACCAUUUUUCAAUGGCAGUUAAUUGGCUGAGCCUCUUGAGGCUAGCUCUUAAGAAUUUUCCCACACCGAUACGUGCUGUGAAUACAUCAUUUACUUUACAUAAAUUAAACCAGAGGAAGAAAGCACAAUCAAUAAACCCACUAUUUAAUUUCACGCAACAGUGAGACGUAUUGUUCAUUAUCUUAAGCCCCAUUGGCUAUCGUUUUAAACCUCGACGUUAAAGAGAAAAAUAACCAUUGUUGUGUUGUUGACCGUAAUGCCCGACCGUUUAAGGUUAGCCUUCUUUUAGUGAAGUAUACUUGACUUCAAUUUUACGACGAAAUUUUACGACCACACGCAAGUGAGUCUUCCGUCGCAUAAGACCAAAAUUCUUCAUUUGAGUACCGUAAGUUGUAAACUGACUUAAACCCUGAGUCCGGCACAGUGCUCUUCUUCAAGAGACGCGGAACUGGAUCGCGCGGUUUGAAAGGAACUCAGCCCCACAGUAAGCCUGUGGUUUGCCUUUGUAAUUACCGUUUAUUCAGAUCACGCAAGUGAAGAGCGAAAAGGUAGGAAGAACUUUUACGAAAUUGUUUCGCGUCUUGGAGGUUCAAGGGGAUAUGUCAAUGCAGUGAAAACAUUUACAAUUAAGACGAACUAUGCUUCGAGAUUACUGUAGACGUCUAACUGUACAAAACUAUUUUUACGUACAAUUAUUAUUGUUGUUUUUAUUGUUGUUCUCCAUUUUGAAAGCAUUCGUUUUUGGUCGUUUAUGACAUACUGAGAGAAAAUAUCAAGCCCAUUUAUUUCGAGAAAAGCACCUCACACAUUUCUUGAACCUCGUACUGACAGUCCUUCAAUGGCCCGCACGCAGUUCUCUUCAGCUGAAGAGAAAUAAGUGAAUUUGCUUUUUUCCGUUCUUUCAGUUAAGAAAUUAGAUGAAGAAUCUUUCUUUAGUAGUUUUGACAGAGUGGUACUGCACUUUUGAAUCUUUGUUGACGGAGUUGUUGUCGUUGUUUUUCACUCGAUAGCGCCGGAAGUCUCUAGUCGGGCAUGAUCAGAAGUUGUAGUACAAGACACCGCAGAAAGGUAAAUAUCUCCUAUUUUUACUUGAUAAGGCUAAUAUGGGUAUCUCUCGUAUUGCCAAAAUCUAUAACACGUCCAAGUCAAUGACAUCAAAGUCUGGUAAUGCAGCAGUAAACGUUUCUCACGUUCUUUUGCCAUGCCUGUAACAUUAAUGUAUAUGCAUCACCUUGUUGUUAAUUUGAAAGUUAAUUUUCCGGAGGGCAAAAGUCACAGCGAAAUUUGAGGGAAAUUGUGUUGCAGGACGUUUAUCUUAUACUUCUAUCGAUCAGGUUAAAACGUAGGUGAUGAUCUACAAAGUGAUACUUGAUUUGCUCCCAAAGUUAGAUAUCACUUCUACUUCCAACGCUUGUAAGUUACUGCGCAACAAUUUCGGGUCGACGUGUCGUUUUCGGUGCUUUAUUUAUGUUUUAGCGCUGCUGAGGGUUUACAGUGUCACUAAAAGCCAUUUAAUGAAUUCGUUUUUUCUUUUUUCUUCAUCUCACUGAACUAAAAUGAACGUAAUUAAAUUUCUGGUAAAGUGGAAUAAAACCAUGAAAUAAUGCUUUCCGAGGGGGUACCUAAUUAGAAGAUGCGAGACGGACUGACGUGCGAAACGUCAGCUUCAGAAAGCUCUUUGUUGUGGCCAAUUUACAUUGUCAACUCAGCUGAUAAAACCAAAUUAGCUUAGGAUAGUUAAGAGUGUUGAAAGAUGAACCUAAACAAUCAAGACCAAAUUUAUUUUCAAGCAAUAAAAGCUUUGACGCGUAUCCAUGAAGUAUCCAAUUGAGAGAGUGCGAUUGAAAUUGCAAGGGAGCCAAAAAUUAAAGGAUGCAGACGGUUGGUUGAAUUCUUCAAAGAAUACGUGAAAAGUUAGCUCGGCUUGGGAAAGAUUGUCUCGGAUACUCACACCAUAUAAAUGGGCCCUGAAAAGUAUUUUUAAUUAGUUCAGGUUAUGACGCGUAUUGCGGGGGAAAGAAAAGACGUGAAGUGGAUCAGAGCAAGAUUUCUGCCGGAUGGAUUUUUUUUUCUUGUUGAACUUGGGUGGAUUCUAUCUUUUUAGCAGUUUCUGUCACUUUCGUUUUCAGUGUUUUUACCUAGCAGAACUGAUAUAUGGUCCACUGUUACGGCCGCUUCUAUGAAAUUUUCAGAAUGGCUUGUUUGAAUCCUUCACUCUAGUUGAUACUUGUCGCACAGCUUGUACAGGUAGUCGUCAGCCACAGAAAAAAUCGUUAUGUUCUAAAUAAGAAAAAAACACGGUGUUAUUCCUCUAUAGUCAUUGGUCAGUGUGGAAAGAAUUUAAGCUCAUUGUUUAUCAUUUAAGAUUUGGCAUUUAGACUUGAAGAUACAUGUAAGGCAUGUAAAUCGGCUAUAUUUUUGUGUGCUCAGCUUAUUCCAGUUUUUUUUUUGUCUAUGGUUUAAAGCCUUCCAUUAUCUCUAAGUGCUUGUAUCAGAACCAUACCUAACAUGCAAAGAUAUUUUGACGAACGAAAUUCAUGCUAAAGUGUGAGAUGAAAACUCACUAGGAUUUUUCCUUAUUUUACCAAACCGUUCCGUUGAAAGCACCGGAACAGCGCAAAAUCAAUGUAAUUACACGGUUUUGAGUGGCUCUAUAUUGUAAAGAUUGGUAAAGGCUGCUCAGCUUAAGUGCACCAUUUGCGAUUGCCGUGAAGUAGUUUAAGAAAAGGCUCGCAAAUUGAGCAUUUCAGCUUUAUCUUGCCAAACGUGCCAAAAAUCAUCGGGAGUGCGGGAGCAGACGUGAUGUCAAUUAUCGUAUUUCACUCACGUGUCUUCUCACGUGUCUACUUACGUAUUUAUGUAACUUUGUCCGCAGUGCACGUGUUAAGUUGUACACUUAGGUACGACCUCAAUAUAAGUGAUUAUCGUAGGCGUUAGAUACUGGCUCCUUCGUUGAAUUUGAUUUUUUCUGGCAUGACGGAUACAUCUCCUAAGUACUGUCACUUGGAUUUCUUUUCUUUCCCCAAAAGUUAGAGCAACUUGAGUUCUUUGUUUCGUUGGCUAUUUUCAGCACUGACUAUAAAGAGCUCGAUGACUACUUGUUUUAAAGUUUUCGUUACCCGCGUAUUAUUUGUUCAUAUUUGUUUGUUUAUUUGUUGUUAAUUGUUAGGAUUUCUUUGGUUUGUGUUGUUUACUUUUCAACUGGUUGAUAUAUAAUUACAACGUUUAAAACCUCAUCAACAAUGUUUGUCAUUGUGUUCGUCAUUAUGUAUAUGGCGGACAAAUUUUUGGUAAAACAAUGAGCUGGUUUUGAAUUGAUUACAAGAAAAAGAAACUGUCUAGGAAAUCCAAACCAUUGGAUCACAGGUCGGGAGAAAAAAAAAUGGUAAUGGUUAUGAAAAUCAAUAAUUACUUUUAUGUGGUAGGAUAAGAAGUAUACCUUUGUAGUCAAUUCAAUUUCAGAUGAACAUUUUUCCUCUUUGAAUCAGUUGAACAGUAUAUCAAAUUGUCCUUCUAAAUAAAACUGCAAAAUAAUUUAUAGAGAUUUGUUAUCCGCAUAACUUACAUUUUAUCAGCACGCAUUCAACUUAGACUUUUCCCUUAGGCCCUCAAUUCGGCUCUCGAAGAGCUUUUAACUAAUCACGGAACAGUUUACUGUAAAUAAUUUGAAUUUUCAAAAUUUGAGGAAAAAAACGUUUCUUCCACCCAGGGGGGACUGCCCUCUUGUCCGCGGUCGCGGUUCCGAAGGGGUCUUACCACUGCAGACAAACCAAUACACAUCUCUUUAAAUAGCAAGUGAAAAGUGUGUUCUUGUUUACCUCCAGGGAUCAUUAAAUAUACUGAUGUUUUGCAAACUUGAUGAUCUGUGAUCAAUCCUUAUUUGACACUGUGCUUCCAUUAUUAUUGCAGUUAGUGAUCAAGAUCUAUGUUCUCGUUUCAGUGUAGAUUAGGUAUCGUGGUAGAGGGUAACGAGAAUAAGGCACCUUAUAUUUGCAUGUAUUGUCUCUCUGUACAUCAAACCAGCAAAAUUGCCACCACAUGAAGUAGGUAACAAUCACCGUGUUCCGGGUCGUGGCACUGCAGUGCCUCCGCUGUCGGUUAUCCUGUGAGAGACUGACUUGUGCUAAUAUACGUGUGAAAUUUCCAUUGUUCGUAUCAAAUUGUGUUGUUUGCAUUUGUUAUAAUACCGCUAGUUUGUUGUGCGAAUCUGAAGGCGUGAAAGAGAGCCAGUACAGGGGUGAAAGAUGAACAAAAGGUUAUUAUUGGCCCAUUAGUUUCGUCCGCCACCCAACAGUGGACUAACAUAUGCGUUAUUACAAAGUCCUAUUCAGACAAUUCGUCUUUUCUUCGCUCACGCUUUAUCUCCGCUUGUGCUCACCCACAUUUUACAAGGUACUUCAAAGGUUUGACACCUGUGAGAUAUUGGAUGGGCUAUUUGUCCUGAGGGCUUAUCUUACCACUCACUCAGAUAUUUUGAACCCAGAAUGUAGUAGCGCUAAAGCAUCACGUAGAUAUUGGGUCAAGAUUUUUGCACUCGUUGUGAAGUUUUUUGGUUAGGUUCGCAUAAAUCGGCGCCCUUCUGUCGACGGGCUGACGUGUCUAUUUGGAAUCAAGUGCUUUUCUUGUUUAGUGACCCAAUUGUCACGACAAUGCAAGCUUCUAAAUGUCGUUAUGUUUAAUCCAUCUGUAAGCAUCUAACAUACCAGAAGUAUUGCGACAUAAAAUGAUCCAUAAUUAAGAGAUAAAGCAUGAAAUGUUUAUUGUUUUGUUAACAGAUAAUGCCGAAGUAUAUCCAUCUGGUUGCGAUUUGGUUGUUCAUCCUUGCCUUCCAACUUUUCCAGAAGCCAAUUACGUCCACGCACAUGUGCCGCUAUAAAAGAUACAAAGAGGUAAUUUCGGUGAAAGAUGGUUACAACUGCAAGAAAACGAGGGUAAAACUGGGUAUGUGUGUUGGAACGUGUGAGUCGUACGCAAUCCCACUUCCCAUCGAGCGAGAAGAUAGCCAGCCGAGAUUUAAAACUUCAUGCCAGUGCUGUACACCGAAAGAUAUUAAAGAGAAAACUGUGAAAUUUGGCGAAGAAUGUGAGAAAUCCAUAGUGGUUUCCCAGAUUCGCUCGUGUGAGUGCAAAAACUGCUCUCGACGUGAUCUUUGAGGAGAGAGGUGGAAAUGGCAUCAGCGCGUGGGUAAGGUAACGCUAUAGACCUGUACAUCAUUCUAAAAGUCAGGAGCCAAUCAUUGAAGUGAACCUCAGUAAAACUACCACGAUUGCAGUACAUUGACAAAGGCGAAAUGUAUCAUCAAGACGUUUAUUGUAAAAAUUAAUUACUUUCGUGAUAAAAACAAAUGUCAUGUUAACGAGAUUGAUCUGAAUAUGCUAGCUUUUAAGUCGAUCACACGAAAAUUAAUGAAGUUAUUUUUCUGCUUCCUCAGCAUGCGGAGGAACACUUUUGUUUCACAAAUUAAUUGUAGAGUUUGGCCACAAUCCACCGCAAAACAUCCUUCGAGAGGUUGACAAAAGAGACCUUUGUUGAAUAUUAUUGACUGGAAUCCAAAUGCUUAUUAAGGAGACUAGGAAAGGAAGUUCGCCGGAGGCAAAGGGGCAUAAUGAACUAUUGUUUGUGUAUUUCGCACCUGGCUGAGCCCAGUGUAAAAAAAACAGCCAAAGAAAAUGCUGUAGGCAAGAAAUAUUGAUGUACCGUUCUCAUUUAAUCGAAAGAAACCACAAUCUUAUUGUGUAAAUAGCAAGUAAAUUUAUUACGUUGUAUUUCUCGUUUGCAGCUUUUUGUUAUCUUUAGUGACUAAGAGUAGUGUUACCCUUCUUGUUCUCUUGCUUACCAAACUACAGGGGGCAAGAGUUUGUAGUUAACCUUUAAAUUAAUGAAGAAAAAAGAAAACAACUUCAACGAAAAAUUACCUACAUUAUAUUGGCUUUCUAACUUUUCUCUGUAGUAUCGCAAAAACCCUAGUAACUCUUAAACAAGUUAGGUGAUGAUAACGAUGAUAAUGAAAAUUAUACAAUGAUAAUGAUAAUAAUGAUAGUUUUCCGCUGUCAUAUCGCCUAAUUUAACCACCGACUCCCCACCCCUUAAAAAAAACGAUUUUUUAAUUGCGAUGUAAUGUUCUAUCUGUCAUUCUCCCGCUGUCUUAUAUCAAACCAUCAUUAAUACACAAGCAUUGUUUAAUGACGUGAAACGUUCAUUUUAUAAUUUCUACAUUAUCUCGAAAUAUUGCUCCCAUAAUGGUGCUCUGGCAAUCCAAGCUCUUAGCUUUGAGAUCAACACUCAGGCUCGCGUUUAACUUUUCAUUUAAAACGACGUCGUCUUGGGAAGAAACCUCGUUUCAAUGCCAUGGUGAGUGUUGAAGAUACCUCUUCCUUUUUUGGAAAAAUCACAGUUAAUACGGCGACAAAGUCAUCUGACGUUGUCUUUUGACCUUCCUUAGAGUUCGAAUUGACACUAGAUCAAAUGCAAACAUAUUUAACGAUGAGUUUUAAGCAAUUUUUAAAUGUCACCUUGAAUAACUGCUGAUCGACGUUUUCAUUACUGAGGUUUGACAAAGGAAUAAAUCGGGAAUAAAUCUGGUGUACUGAGAAAGAAGAGGCUUGACCAAUCGGAUCUCCUCGCUGACUCUCGAGAAGAGUAUUGCUACAGAAAGCGUUUUUAUGAUAUUUAGCCAUGACAUACUUCAAAAAUGACGUUUAGAUAUGAAACAAUUACGCUUUGAGCUUCAUCAUGGCCUUUAACAUAAUUAACAUUUUACGCUGGCGUUCACAAUUACAACUAUUCAAACAAUAUUGUGCUUUGACGUCAUUAAUUUUCGUCAGAAAGUGUUCAUAUC